AUGCUUGGUACAAUUACUUUAACAGUUGGCCAGCCAGAUGGUGUGUCUGUGGCUCAGAAAGAAGACACUUCAGAAACCAUGGACACCAUCGCAGACGAGCAGGCCCCUCAAGUGAACGGCGAGAAGGUGGAAAAGGAGUCUCCUGACGCCAACGACAUCACUCCCGUAGAGGAGAAGGCAGCGGAGGAGAAGCCCAACGAGACGGGUGAAGUCGGCUUCAAGAAGAUCUUCCGCUUUGUGGGCUUUAAGUUCACCCUGAAGAAGGACAAGAGCGAGGAGAAAGACCCUGUGAAGCUGCUGACUGUGAGAGAUAAGGAUGGAGAGGUGGUCAACGGACUGGAUGAACCUCCGAAGGAUGAGUCCAACGCCGAGGGCGAGAACGGUAUUGCCGAAGAGAAAGUUUCCCCUGACACUGAGACCGAAGUCACCAAAGAUACCACCAAUGCUGAAACCCCAGAUGGUGCUGCAGAUGCAGCAGAAGCCACAGAUGAAGCUGUCAAAGAUGAAGUAACUGAAAAAGAGGAGGAGUCCAGUCCACCACCCCAGGAGACUACGCUGUCCCCCUUCAGGAAGCUUUUUAGCACAGGCCUCUUCUCUAAUCUGCGAAAGAAAUCCAGCAUUAAGAGGACAAAAGAGGAGGAAGACAAGGAGGCAGCAGGCGAGGACGAAGCUGCUAAGACGGAAGAGGGGGGAGAUAAGCCAGAGGCGGAGCAAGAAACCAAGGAGGAGGCAACAGUAUGUCAAGAGAAAGAAAAAGCAGAAGAAGAGGCCCCAGCAUCACCGGACGAGGCUAAACCCGAGCCGACCUCUGAGUCUGAGGUCACCGCUGAUAGUCCUGCUUCUGAUGAGACAAAGCAAGAAGAGGAAAAAGCAGAAGAAGAGAAAUCUCCAGUGGAGGUAACCUCUGAUUCUGAACUAGUGUCUUCACAAGAGAAGGUAAAGCCCCAAGGGAGCCCUCUGAAAAAGCUUUUCACUGGCGCUGGCUUGAAGAAACGCUCUUCUAAGAACAAGAAGAGCAAGAAAGAUACUGAAGCCAAACUAACAGAGUCUGGGGAGCAAUCAGCAGAACUUCAGUCCUCCACUGAAUCCACAGAAGCGGCAAAAGCUGACAGUGGCCCCUCGUCUCCAGAGAAAUCAGGAGAGCAUGUAGUUGAAGCAGAGGGUGAAGAAAUUGAAGGUGAAGUUGUCUCUGACGGAGAGAAGAAAAAAGAGGGUGUUGUUGUCUGGUCUUCGUUCAAGAAACUAGUGACGCCCAGGAAGCGUGUGAAAAGACCUUCUGAGAGCGACGAUGAGGUCACAAGUGAGAAAGCCGCCAAGUCAGCAACUUUGUCAUCUUCUGAGAGCGCUCCAUUAGCAGAUAAAGGUGUAGAAGAGGAAGCUAAAGAAGAGAAACCCUCUGAAGACGAGAGUAAGGCUGAAAACACUGAAGAGAAACUGGUCAGCAGCACAGAGGAGCCCAAAAAGAAAAUGGACACUUCUGUCUCUUGGGAAGCUCUGAUGUGUAUGGGAGGACCCAAGAAGAGGACCAGGAAGACAUCUGAUUCUGACGAUGAGGAAACCAAGAUUGAUGAGGAGAGCGCGCCAGCUGCAGAGGAGGGGAAGCAGGAGGAGAAAAACGAAGAAGGUGCAGUGAACAUUCAAAAUGUUGAGGCUGAAGGAGAAGGCUCUUCCUCUCCAGAACCUCCGACCAGCCCACCUGAGAAGGAAUCUGCCUGGGACACAUUGAAACGCAUGGUUAUGCCAAAGAGUAAGGCCAAAUCUGAGGAGAAAACAGAAGAAAGCACAGAACAGGUCCAGACAGAAACUGAGGUUCCAAAAGAUGAGUCAUCGUUCUCUUUGAGAAAGCUGUUCCCUGGUCUCAGGAAGAAGAAAGUUGAAAAACAAGCCUCCACUGAUAGCGAGGAGGACUCUGACACCCCAGCAGUGGUCCCGCUGUCAGAGUAUGAGACAAAACCAGAAGAGCAAACCGUGGAAACCACAAGCGUGGCUAAAGUGUCUUCUGAGGAGAGAACCCCUUCAUGGAUCGCAGCCACGGGGGAGCAAGGCGAUGACAAACACGAUCAGCUGAGCGACAUCACCGAAGAAGCAGAGAAUGUCGCUACCCCCAAGUCUGUUGACACCGACAAUGUGGAAGAUGACACUGAGGAGCAGAUAGCGGCGCUCCCAAAAUCUCGAGGACGUAAAUUAUCCGUAGCUGAAGUUGCUCAAGCUCCUCCCGCAGAAACCACCUCCAAUGAAACCCAAGGACUGAAGACAGAAAAAGCACAGGAAUCCGUGGCGGCCAUCGAAGCUGAGAUCAGUGAAAUUCCACCUGUGACAACUUCGAUCUGUGAAGACCCACCAAUUGUGACAGCCACAGAAGAAUUUGAACCACCUCUGGAGCAAGCCGUUACCAACACUCAUCAUCUCCUUGAGUCGCAUGCCCGUGACAAGGCCGUGGCCAUCUGCACUGGCCUGGGAACCAAAGAGAUUGCUAAACUCGCUCUGGAGAAACCUGCAACUGAAAUCACAGAGUGUGUUUCUGUGGUCACCGAUGCACUAAGCACUGAGGUCUUAGUAGAAGAGGACUCACUUCAACUGGAGAAGGCCAUUGUGACAGAAGACGCACUGUUGAACGUCCAAGUCCAACAAGUAAGAAGCACUGAAAUCGAACCUGUCCAAAUCUUGGAGAAGGAAGUUCUUGAUGUUCAAACUGCUGGGAAUACCUGCGAACCUGUGCCUCCGGCCAUCGCGACUGUCAACACUUUGCUGGAUCCGCAAACUGUUGAGAGCGCCACCAACGUGACGCCGACUGUAGAACUACAGAACGGAGAAGUUGAAAAUAACAAUGAAUUUGAACAUGCCCGUCAAACAAUAACACCAAAUGAGGAGGUUUGCGUCAUCAAAGAAACCGUUGUCCUCAUCAGUCCGCCCUCCGAUAUUUCAGAACUAGAGGACGCUACAAAACUCAACGGUAAUGAAGAAGAGUCCAGUCAAAUUGAGGCCCAGAGCAGUGUCAUCGCCCAAUCUGUCAUUCAGGACGCUGUGGAUAAAGUUUCAGUUCAGCCAAAAACCCCUGAGUCCUCCGCUCCAAUGACACCAGUCCAGGCAAUGAUGACCACCGAAAAGGAGAUUGAGUUUCCAGCAGAAACCGCCGUCAUUACCGACACCCCCGUCACCAACGAAAAAUCAAAAGAGAAGCCACUUUUUGUCGCUUUGGAAUGCGAAUCGGUCCCGAUUGAGGUGACGAAGAUCCUCGACCCAUCUGUGCUGGGAGAUGAGAAACCGGAGGAAAGCUUGAAGAAAGUUGUGGAAGUAAACGCAAGUGAAGAAUUUGUCAUAGUGGAAGAAGUGGUGGAGAUCAUUGGUGAGGGUCAAAUAAACAACAAACUGGAGGCAGUGAAGGAGGAGCUGGAAGAAGAGAAACCACAACCAGAGGUGAAGGAGAUCCACCAUCCCGUCCAGAUGGUUCUUAACUCUGCGCAGGUGGUCGAAGAGGAGUCGUUCCAAGAGGAAGCGGUGGAGGAAAUCGGCAGCAACGGCCUCGCGGACGGCCAAGGAGACCGACCGGCGAGCGAAGACCUCCAAGCAGAGGAGAGGACGCCGUCAAAGUGCGCAGAGGUGAUGGCGCAGGUGAUGGAGGUGAUCGAGGAGGCGGUCAAGGAGAUCCAGCCUGUGUCCACAGAGAUCACACCGGCAUCGUGA